AUGGCCCCCUCGUCUAAGAACGCUACGCCGUCCAACAAGGACCGCCGGAAGUCUGGCAUUGCUGCUGCCGGUAACGGCAAUGCUGCCGCUUCUUCCAAGAUCGUCACCCUUAAGGUGACUCCCGAGAGGCUGCGUGCUAUCUUCGACCCCGACAUUCUUAUGGAAGAUGCGCCUGCCAGCAAGGCCUCGCCCGCUGCCGCCAACUCUAACACCGAGAACGCUACCGAAUCGAAUCCCAAUUCUCCUUCUGCUAGCACUCCGGCCGGCCAGUCCGUCAUGGGUCCGCCUGCUGAGGGCCCCAAGAAGAAGGGUGUCAAGCGCGGUGCCGCUGCACUUGGCCCGAACGGCGAGCCCAAGCCUCGCGGCAAGCCUGGUCCCAAGAAGAAGCAGAGACUUGAGGACGGCACCAUCGUCGAGGAACCUUCUCGCAAGCUCGGCCCCAAGGCGAACCAAGGCGCUAUCAAUGCCGGUCUGCGAGCUCUCGAUCGCUCAGGCAAGCCCUGCCGCAAGUGGACGCGCGGCACUUUCCAGAUGAAGAGCUUCACUGGCGUGGUCUGGGAGAUUCCUCGCUGGACGGCUCCACCGCGUCCGAAGCCCGAGACCGCUGCCCCUGAUGACGCCGCGGCCACGGUCGCUGUCAACGGCAACGGCGCGACUCCGGCCUCGACUGCCGCUGACAACAACAGCAAUAAGGAGAACAACAACCCAUCGAUUGCGGCAGCCAAGGUCGAGGACGCCAGCAGCCAGACGGCGGUUAAGAGCGAGAUGAGCACUGGCAGCGGCGACAUCGAGAUGCAGAGCGUCGCCCCCAGCAUCGCGCCGUCCCCGGCUCCUGUGCCGAUUGCCGUUGCUUAG